AACCCUUCUCUCUCUCUCUACAUUCAACUAUCCAAAUCUCAAUUUCAACCCUUCGGUCAUCUGUCUGUAAAGCCACGCCACAUGCUCCCCUCUCUGUUUCUCUGUCUGUCUCUGUCUCUCAUGGUUCCUCUUUUCGCAGGCUUCAAUGGCAGCUUUUAAUUUAAGUACGACAACGGGGGCAUAAAAACCCAUUCAAAUCCCAUCUAUUCUUCUGCUUUCUGGGUUCUCUCCAACUCACAAUGUUGGUGAAGAACUUCUUCAGAGCUUAGAGCUUCGUGACAGAGAGAGAGAGAGAGAGAGAGAGAAUGGGGAGAGGAGAUCAAUGGAUUUGGCCACCGACUGGGGCUCCACUCCACACAGGUAGAGAUGACCAAUGGAGUCACUUUGAUAGCUCUGUCAAUGCCGUUUCUUUUGGGUUUGUUGCCACCGCUGUUUUCAUCUCCAUGUUCUUCCUCAUGGCCAUUUUUGAGAGGUUUCUUAGACCCAACUCCCCUGAUUCAUCGCCGUCCAGCCGGAGGUACCGUGGAGACUUGGAUUCCCAUCUGGGUUUCAAUGGAAAGCUUCGUUUUCCAUCCCCCAAA